AAGUUGUUCGACAAAAUUAUUCUGUUUUGAUAAGUAUAAUGGUCAAUUUUAGAGUUAAGCUGUUUCUAAUAUGGAUUUUUCUGGUUUCAUUGUAUAUAUGCCAGUAUUUUUUAUCAAGCCUAUAUAGUCAAAAUGAAAUUAAACUAAAAAGAUGGAUUACAAACGGCACGACGAAUGUACUCAUCCAAGACUCACAAAAACGGAAACAUUAUAAAAUUCUAUGCUGGUUCUUGACAAGUCCUGAUGCUCUGGAGAAAAAGGCAAAAUACGUGAGGGACACAUGGGCAAAACACUGCGACAUAGAUUUGUAUAUGAGUUCCAAAGAUAACAAGACAUUUCCAACAAUUGGAUUUAACGUUACCGAGGGAAGAGAGCACUUAGCUGAGAAAUCUAGAUUAGCGUGGACUUAUGUCUACGACCAUUAUUUUAACACGGCUGAUUAUUUUGUUAAAGCAGACACAGAUACCUUUAUAGUUGUGGAAAAUUUGAGAAAAAUGUUACAAAACUACGACCCGAAAAAUGCAGAAUUUUUUGGACAUAUGUACUAUUAUGGAAGAAGAACGAAAGAUGGAAUGUUUAUGGCCGGUGGGCCCGGAAUUGUCGUAAGCAAGGAAGCAUUGAGGAGAUUGGUUAUACUUGGAAUUAAGAAAGCUACGGGAAAUAACAAAUGCAUUCCGGAUGGGGGUAUGGAGGAUGUAAAAACGUGUAGUUGCUUGUACAAGACGGGGUCUCGACCUGUUAACUCCACGGAUCACUUGGGGAGGGAGCGGUUUCUUGUUUGGCCUCCGCAUAAUUACAUAAUGCGUAUGCUACCAAAAUGGUACAUUGGCAUGGAUGCUGAUAAAGGGAAAAAUCAGGGAGUGAACUGUUGCAGCGAUCAUCCAAUUGCCUUUCAUUACAUUGAUCCACAGCUGAUGCACACAAUGUAUUACAUGUUUUAUAAAACAAAAGUGGAUGCAACAUUUGUCAAACAGCGUGCCGAUCUGAAUAGAAAUGUUACUCACAUCGUUUAGGAGGACAAUAUGUUUACUUUUGGAAUAAAAGACGGACUUUAAAUGCAAAGUCAUCGCUUAAAUAUAUAUUUUCUGAAUGAGAUUCUGAAUAAAAAAAAACACGCAGAGAGGGA